CAUGACUCUAGUUUCUGAAGUCUCAAAGUUGACAUGGACACGCUAAGCUUUCUCUAUCUUCUACUUCUUCGUGAGCUCUAGAUGCUACCUGUAACUGUGGAGGAGAGCAAGGCCCAGCGCCUUCAGAGACAGCAGGCACGAUUUAGGGAUCGUGGAGGUGCAUUUGUUCCCUCGGAAAAGAAUGUCCUCAAAGAUAUCCUGUUGGCCCGCACCGUUUCUGGAGAGUCUCCUUUAAAAGUGGCCAUGAAGUCACGCAAGAAGACGGCCAGUAAAGCCCAAGGGAGUCCUAUCAAUGACAAGGUUUCACGCUCAAAAGUCAACACGGAGGCGCCAGCGGGUCUGGUCAGUAGAAACGCUGCGGCAGGUCCCUCUACUCAGUCCGGAGGUAAAAUCUCGAAGGUGAAGACAAAGAAGAAAGCAGGUCCUACUACUCGCAAGGUUAAAGACAAGGUCAAAGCUACUGACGGCAACGAUAUCUCAGAAGCAGAAACAACCAAAGUCAAACCUGCUUCUAACCGCCGAGGACGGCCACCGAAAACCAAAUCUCAAGCUAAUGAUCAUGAUAUCCACGCUGAUCCUGAAUCAUCAAACCGCAAGAUGCGGACGUCAAAGGAAAAGCCACCCGACAUACCUAAAGUCAAAAGCAAGGCAGAGGUGCCUCGAUCAGACGACGAAGGCACCCUGGUAGAAGCUCCUCGACCAAAGACACACUCUAAAAGGAAGCCUGUCGUCGUCACAAUCGAACCCGACGAUGAGGGUACGCCCAUGCCUGACAACAAACCUGCAGCCGCUGAGCCUUGGGCGGUCCCGAAGUCUGCUCACAAACGGCUUUCUGCCAAAGAUGCUCCACUUAAUCGGGCACAAGCCAAACAACGCACAGAAAUUCGCAAGGAGCACUCGGAUGAAGCAGAGCUGAUAUAUGCUUCUCGGGUACCGAAAUGUUCAAAGCGGACGGAGGUCGACGAGUCUCCAGAUUUGGUGAAAACCAAAGUUUAUGGAUCUCUGACCGUUGAUAUCCCCAUGAAGAGGUCGACCACUAACCCCAAGCGCAGUGCACCUGAUGACGAUGUUGGUGGAGAUGUGAAACAGCCUCUCAAGAAGCCGAAAGUGUCCAAAUCCCAAAGCGCUAAAUCUUUGCUUUUAUCUAACUCCGUUGCGGUAUCGAAAUCUGAUCCCGAAGACACUGCUGUCAAGAAACCUCAUUCGGCUAUGAAACAAGACACAAAGAAGAAGGCGCACCCACAGGAAUCGGAUGAUGAAGAUCACAUGCCUAAGAAACCUGUUUCAAAGAAGGCAAGAUUUGAUGAAGAACCGAAGCCAGGGUACGUCCUAUUGUAAAAACUGGCUGAGCGCUCCCAUAAUCUGCGACUUCAGCGUGCAUAUCUCAUCCGGGAAACACAAAGAGAACGCCCUUCCAUCGAGAAAGCCGAGGACGGUGAAGCCCAAUUCCCAGUCAAAAUCCAGAGGUCCGCCGAAGGAUGUCCUAGACCGCAUUAAGGCAAGCGCUACGUUGCAUCGAAUCGACGAUAGCGAGCCGGACCCGCUUGACUGCCUGUCAUGACCAUGUUGAAUAUUGUUCGCUCGCGAAGGAAUUUGCGCCAUGUAUCAAUCAUAUACGUACACUUACUAACACACUAGCCAACCGAUAUGUAGUAUCUUCAGCAAUGUUGUCAAUAAUAUUUGCUUUGUCACAUCU